CUUAUUGCCCUCUUACCAAGCCAGGCACUUACUAAGAACCCAUACAUGAUACUAAGUGUCUGAUUAAUGCAUAAAUACCUACCUACAUGGUAGUAACUAAUUAUGAAGAUUCCAAGGUUUACAAUAUGAGUAAUUAUCGCUACCCACAUACCUUUGUACCUAUAGGUAGUGUUUAUCGUAAACGUAGAAUGGACCAACUACUUACGACGCGAAUACGGAAAAGCCUACUCUAGGUAUUGUCCAUACCUAGGUAGGUGCAGGAAUCCAUGUAAUUACAUAUAUCCUCUCCCUUUAAUAACAGGAAUUAUGCCCAUAGAGCUUCCGGUGCUCACCGUUGCCAACGCAGCUGCGUGGUCAACUUGGUUAACCCGUAGCAGCAGCACUUCCAAGGGUGUCUGGCUUACGCUCUCAAAGAAGGGCGCAACAUUUCCUACCUCAAUAACGUAUGCCCAAGCACUCGACGAAGCAUUGUGCCAUGGAUGGAUUGAUGGACAAGCACGCAAGGGUAAAGACGAAUACGCGGACGUGUCGUAUACACAGCGAUUUACGCCUCGGAGAGCAAAGAGCUCUUGGUCGCGACGAAAUGUCGAACACGUCGCGCGACUUGAUAUUGAGGGGCGUAUGAAGGAUGCGGGGUAUCGCGCCGUUGAAACUGCAAAACAAGACGGACGAUGGGACGCGGCAUAUGCAGGACAGGCGACAGCAGAACUCCCACCUGCGUUUCUCGCCGCAGUUAAGGCAUCGCCUGCUGCACAAGCCACCUAUAAUACAAUGACACGGCAAAAUCGCUUCAUUAUUUAUUACCGCCUGAAUGCGCUGAAGACUGAGACUGGGCGUGAGAUAAGGAUAGCUGCGUUCGUUGAAAUGCUGGCGCGCGGCGAGACACCGUAUCCUCAAAAGAAAUCAAUACAAACCUUGAGUGCAGCUAGCUCGAGCUCGACUAAACGAAGAAAGUUACAUACUACUUACUAGUAGUAUCUACCUAGUAGUACCCCCAUAGCUCAUCAGACAGCAUGAGUUGUCGCAAUAAGAACAUCUGGGCACUUGUGCCAGUGUACAAAUGAAUGAUGUCUACAUUUAUUUCGUUAGACUUGUAUGGAACUCACUG